CAGCACGCGCGUACAGGGACGUUGACCCGGAAGUGAAGCGGUGCGGCUGUGACCUCCGCUGUGUACGUGAGGAGGAGAGAUGAGUGAACAGAGGAGGGCUUGUUCUUCAUCUCUACCUGCGAACACGCGACUGUGACCGUGAACAGGGACACCAGGAGCAGCCACACUCCCCGGAGCGGAAUGUUACUGCAGACAUGACGCCACUGUCAGCGGAGGAGGACGACGGACGAAGCUAAGCGGCUCGACUCCAGCUUAUUGUCCCGUGUGUUUGUGUUUGACACUGUGUGUUAGUGUGUGUGUGUGUGUGUGUGUGUGUCUCCUCCUCAUGACAGUCUGCUCCUCUGUGUGAAACCCACCUGCUGGCGUAAAGCAGAUGUUAGCCGUGUUCGCUCCGUUAGCCUGUGACACGUCAACCUAGCCAACAUCUUCCUCCCGCUGCACGCUCAGCUCCUCUGGACGCGUGUCUCUGGGUCUCCGGUGUUCAAACUUCGGAGGGGUGCCUCUCUGGAGCCAUGGCCCCGAUGGGUAUCCGGCUGUCCCCGCUCGGUGUGGGGGUGUUUCUCCUGAUAGGAUUCGGUGUCAUCUAUCACCUGUACGCCGGGGUCAUCUCCAGCCGCCUGGCUGCUUUCAGACAGAAGAGAAACGUAGAUCUGAGGGACCUGCUGGCGGUCUCAGUGGAGGCGGCUGUACUUGGUGGCAGAGAGGUGAAGAAGAUUCGUGAUGAAAACGGCCUGAAGGAGAAGUCAAAGGGGAAGACGAAGGAAGGAGCCAGUGAGCUGCUGACCAUGGGUGACCUGCAGUCCCACAGGAAGAUGUAUAACCUCAUAAAGAACAGCUUCCCUGAAGUCACGGUGAACAGUGAGGAACAUGACAACAUGGUGGAUAAGGAAGCAACCUGGAGCCGGGACAUUCCAGCUGACAUACUAGACAAGAUAGCCGGAGGCAAGGAAGUUUCUCCUGAUAGCGUCACAGUGUGGAUCGAUCCUCUAGACGCCACACAGGAAUAUACAGAGAACCUUGUUCAGUAUGUGACCACAAUGGUGUGUGUGGCAGUCGACGGUAAACCAGUCGUCGGGGUCAUACACCAGCCAUUCACUGGGUUCACUGCCUGGGCAGUUGUGGGUCAGGGAUCUAAUAUGUAUCCCCGCUCGUCCUAUAGCAUCAGCCCUCCAAGUGUGAUUGUGUCACGUUCCCACUCUGGAAAGGUCAAGAGUUAUAUUCAUGAUGCUUUUGGAAACAGCACAACAAUCACAGAAGCUGGUGGAGCAGGAUAUAAGGUUCUGGCACUCGUGGAGAUGCCAGUACAAGAAAAGGCCUCUAUGGACCAGGCAGAUGUUUACGUCCACAUCACCUUCAUUAAGAAAUGGGACAUCUGUGCUGGUGCAGCUCUACUGAAGACAUUGGGAGGCCACAUGACGACCCUGAAGGGAGAGGACAUUGACUACAGUGGAGAUCCACUCAACAAAGGAGGACUGGUGGCCAGCGUGGGGGUGGACCACAAGGCCAUCCUGGAGAGACUACCCACCUGGGACCCUGAGAAGCACUGAAACACACAAACCAAGAGCCAGUGGUUGUGCUGCCAGGAUGUGAUAAGUGGCAGCCCUUUUUCUUUCAACUAGGAUUGGUCUGGAAACAUUAAACAGUUCUUCACAAUGUCAUCGUCGUGGGUCAGCAAACAUCUACUCGUCAGAUGAUUGGAGUCACUGUCCAUUAAGCAGGACUGUGGAACUGAAGACUGGCUCUGACUACUUCUCCACACAUACUGUACAUACAUGCAGCAUCUUCCUCUUCACGUGCUCACACAGUGAACACUGGACAACAGCUGCCAUCCCAGAAUGCCUUCACUUCAUGGUCAGAGGACAACAGGAUGACUAAUGUGAAGAGUUUAAACUGAGGAGCACAAUAUUGAAUACAACAAACCCUUUGGAUUGAAAGAUGAGUUACUUAUCAUUUUAUCAAGUCCCAUUGUCAUCACAGCAUCACCAGGUCAUGAAUGUGAGUCUGAGAAAAUGUUUGCAAAAAAGUGAUAACUGAUAAUAUCAUAGCAAAGCCCAACUUUAUCAAGUUACUAAUUUUGCUAAACUACAACCAAACAGUUCACUGCAAAAAACUUUCUAUUACAAAUGAAUAAAGAUGAAUCCCAGGUUGUUGGGAAUGAGAUGUGGGUUUUUUCUUGGGCUCAUGAAACAGACUUUAUAGCUUGAGUGAAUCACGACAAUUAAAAGUUUGAUGACAACAAUGUCCUUCUUUACUCUCCCCUUUUCUGCUGCAGUUUUGAUCUGAUGGGUAAAAGAAACAUACAGCAAGUCCCGUGCAGGGUCAACUCUGGGAGAAUACUUUUAUGUUUUAGUCAUUUUGGUUUGUGGGUCAAAAAUAAUAUAUCAGCAGUGUGUGAUGACGAGGAGAUGGAUCCUUGUGUUGGUGUUGUUUAUUUGUGUCACGUUAUCGUCUGCUCUUUCCCUCCACUGCUGCCAUGUUUCAGAGAUGUAGGCAAGACAGACCACAUAAAACAUUGUGACACCAAGCAACACAUUGGAAGUGUUUUUGUGUCACAACACAUUCAAUUCGAUUGAAUCAAAUUGAGUUUUCCCAUCACCUGUUACUGCCUUUUCACCUGAGGAUGAUAAAAAUCUAUUCUCAGGUAUCCCAUUAUGUUUCCCUAACUCUCCCUGGCUGAGUGCGUGCAAGAACGAUGAUGAUGAUGAUGAUGAUGAUGGCAAAGUGUUUAUUGAAGCCUUCUACUGAGCAGAGGUCUAAUUAGUCAGAACAACUUAAAAAACACCCAUGAAGUUUCUAUUUGUUGUAUUUUAUCAAACCACCACCAUCACAUAUCCAUUACAAACUGUUGUGCUUGGUUGGACUAUUCGAUGUCUUUCCUGUCCACAGACUGGUCCCAUUCCCUAUGUCCCAUUCACACAAUCUCAGUCAAGAAGAGACAUGUGAAAUGUCCUGUUGAGGACUGUCUUUAACGAUCUGGAAUGGAACCUCUCUUCUGUUUCCAGCUUCCUGUCUAACUGAAUAACGUACUGUGGGCUAUCACAACCAGUCACACAUCUCUCCCUGCUCGUAAUAUUCCAUUGGAGACUGGACUCUACACUGUGUACAUUGUGUACUUGCAUGGUUGUGAUCACUUUUCACAGCACAGAAAAUGUCUUCUGGCUCGAUCGGCCUCUCUUUCUGAGGACAGUGGGUCUUUGUACUGUCUGUCCUGCGUGUCUGUGUGUUUAAACUGGCACUUGUACAGCAAAUAUUUCCAUUGUGUUAAAAAACAAACUCAGACAUGAAGUUGGUUGUGUUACUUUUGCCGUGAAACCAUGUGAAAUUUAAACUCAUCUCAAUUUCUUGAAGAUAGGAGUGACUUGUUUCAUGUUCUGUUUGUCUCAGCACCCUGUGUGUUGUUAAAAACCUUGUAUAGAUAUAAAACAAAUAUGUGUCGAGGGUUAAAUACUCAGAACGUGUUCUGCCACCGACUGAAGAUUAUGAUAGAUAAUGAGGAGGAGGAGGAGAAGCUGUCAGAAAGAUAAAGACCUGUCUGGAUGACGUGGCUCAAUUCAAAGAGGUCAGCAGCUUCGGUGUCACAGGUGGAGCUGUCGGGAGUUUGUGUGCCAAGCUUCAGUUUAAGAUUUGAGUGCCUUUAAUCUGCACAACAUUGAUGAUGGAUGAGGACGUUGGCCACAGCUCUCAGCAUGAUUUCUUUAGGUUUUGCUUUGAUAACAAUGAAUGAUAAACAAUUAAACUGUUCCCAGUGACAUUGAAA